UGAGCUUGCGCAGUCAGGGGUGGGCCGUUCUGCUUGUUGCUGCUGCUGCUGCUGCUGCACCGACCGAGCGCUCUCGGUGCCGCUGCAGUUGGUGACUCGCUUUUCAGCACCUUGGAGAGCUCCUCAGCGCUGCGGCUUUAUUCCCCUUGCAAGGAAUUGCUGUAAGGAGGAAAGGAGCCAGAGGGAAGGAUAAGGCGCGGCAGAUCUCUCCCGGUAUCCCCACAGAAAGAGAGGGAGAGAGAGAGAGAGUGAGAAAGAGAGGAAAAAAGAGAGAGCUGGAGGGACAGAACCGGCCUCCCUGGAUGAAGAGUAAACUGGCGGGUAGCAGCCUUUGAUCUCUCUCUCCUUCUCUCCCUAGCAGCAGAGCCCGCCUGGGGAGGCAAGAGUUAAAGCCAUAAACCCACGUAAGCUUGGGGAAGACGGCGGCGGUGCGUUCUCCGCCGUCCGCUGCCUCCGCCGCUCUUCGUUGAAGGCUCCUUUCCUCCACCCGCCACCCGAUCGGCUGGUGAUCCUCUCGCUCCUUUAGCUGCGAUUGCGAAAGCAGGCAGGAGGAGCCGGAGAGGCAUUGAAGGAAGGGCGCCAGAGCAAUCAGUCCGGGCUUUUGUGCCGCUGCCCCUUGUCGUCUCGUUCUCACCCGCCGAGUGCGGGCACUAGUCUGCGGCCAACAUGCUGGACCCGUCGUCCAGUGAAGAAGAAUCCGAUGAGAUCGUGGAAGAGGAGAGCAGCAAGGAAGUGCUGGCCCCAGCAGCCUCGGGGGCUCGGCUCUCUCCCAGCCGGACCAGCGAGAGCUCUGGGGGCGGCGGUGGCGGGAGUAGCGGCGGGCUGCAGCCCACCAGCCGGAGCGGGAGCAGCGUCCGGCCUUCCAGCCCGAGCCCCUCGGUGGUGAGCGAGAAGGAGAAGGAAGAGCUGGAAAGGCUGCAGAAGGAGGAAGAAGAGAGGAAGAAGAAGCUGCAGCUUUACGUCUUCGUCAUGAGGUGCAUCGCCUACCCAUUCAAUGCCAAGCAGCCCACCGAUAUGGCACGGAGGCAACAAAAGAUAAGUAAACAGCAAUUGCAGACUGUUAAGGAUCGCUUUCAAGCCUUUCUCAAUGGAGAAACUCAGAUUGUUGCUGAUGAAGCCUUUAUGAAUGCUGUCCAGAGUUAUUAUGAGGUAUUUCUGAAAAGUGACCGUGUUGCCAGAAUGGUUCAGAGUGGUGGGUUCUCAGCUAAUGACUCCCGAGAAGUCUUCAAGAAACAUAUCGAAAAGAGGGUCCGUAGCCUGCCUGAGAUUGAUGGUCUCAGUAAGGAGACUGUCCUGAGUUCUUGGAUGGCAAAAUUUGAUGCAAUAUAUCGAGGGGAAGAAGAUCCACGCAAAGCUCAAGCCAGAAUGACAGCAAGUGCUGCUUCAGAGCUGAUUCUCAGCAAGGAGCAGCUGUAUGAGAUGUUCCAGAACAUCUUGGGAAUCAAGAAAUUUGAGCAUCAGCUUCUGUACAAUGCAUGUCAGCUGGACAAUCCUGACGAGCAAGCAGCCCAAAUUAGGCGGGAGCUUGACGGUCGUCUCCAAAUGGCAGACCAGAUUGCCAAGGAGCGUAAAUUUCCUAAAUUUGUGUCCAAAGAAAUGGAAAACAUGUUCAUUGAAGAGUUGAAGUCAUCGGUCAAUUUACUCAUGGCAAAUCUGGAAAGCAUGCCAGUGUCCAAAGGAGGUUCCGAGUUCAAGUUACAAAAACUAAAACGCAGUCACAACACUUCCAUCAUUGACAUGGGAGAGGAGAACGAAAACCAGCUCUCCAAAUCAGAUGUUGUGCUGUCUUUCUCCCUGGAGGUUGUCAUCAUGGAAGUUCAGGGUCUCAAAUCCUUAGCACCCAACCGGAUUGUUUAUUGCACUAUGGAAGUGGAAGGAGGAGAAAAACUACAGACUGACCAGGCUGAGGCAUCCAAACCAACCUGGGGAACUCAGGGUGACUUUUCCACGACACACGCCCUUCCGGCUGUGAAGGUGAAGCUGUUUACGGAGAGUACCGGUGUCCUGGCUUUGGAAGACAAAGAACUUGGGCGGGUUGUUCUUCAUCCGACACCAAAUAGCCCCAAACAAUCUGAAUGGCACAAAAUGGCUGUUUCCAAAAACUGUCCUGAUCAAGACCUGAAAAUCAAGCUUGCUGUCCGAAUGGAUAAACCUCAGAAUAUGAAACAUUCUGGAUAUUUGUGGGCCAUCGGCAAAAAUGUCUGGAAGAGAUGGAAGAAAAGGUUCUUUGUACUGGUCCAGGUUAGCCAAUAUACAUUUGCCAUGUGCAGCUACCGAGAGAAGAAAGCUGAACCUCAAGAGCUGUUGCAGCUUGAUGGAUACACGGUAGACUAUACAGACCCACAACCUGGUUUGGAGGGCGGCCGAGCAUUUUUCAAUGCAGUGAAAGAAGGAGACACGGUGAUUUUUGCCAGCGAUGAUGAGCAGGAUCGUAUCCUCUGGGUCCAAGCCAUGUACCGAGCUACCGGCCAGUCUCACAAACCUGUGCCACCUACUCAAGUUCAGAAGCUUAACGCUAAAGGAGGAAAUGUGCCCCAGCUAGAUGCCCCCAUUUCUCAAUUUUAUGCAGAUAGAGCUCAAAAGCAUGGCAUGGAUGAAUUUAUCUCUUCCAAUCCCUGUAAUUUUGACCACGCUGCACUGUUUGAGAUGCUUCAGCGCCUCACUUUGGACCACAGACUUAAUGAUUCCUAUUCUUGUCUGGGCUGGUUUAGCCCUGGCCAAGUCUUUGUCCUAGAUGAAUACUGUGCACGUAAUGGAGUCAGAGGCUGUCACAGGCAUCUCUGCUACCUCAGUGAUUUGCUUGAAAGAGCAGAAAAUGGAGCAAUGAUUGACCCCACCUUACUACACUACAGUUUUGCCUUUUGUGCAUCGCAUGUUCACGGCAACAGUCAAACAAUGGAAGAGAUACUUGGUGGCAUACAGCCAGUUGCAAAUAACCCCCCAGCCUCUGAGGUAGAGGCCAAAAAGGAUUCCAAAAAGGAGUCCAAAAAGAGGAAAGAUAACAAAUCUCAGCCACCUCCAGAACAAAAAAGGCCUGAUGGAAUAGGAACGGUAACAGUAGAAGAAAAAGAGCAGUUUGAAGAAAUCAAAGAGCGGCUGCGAUUGUUAUUGGAAAAUCAGAUCACACAUUUUAGGUAUUGUUUUCCAUUUGGCCGACCAGAAGGAGCUUUAAAAGCCACUUUAUCACUCCUGGAACGGGUUUUGAUGAAAGACAUAGUUACUCCUGUCCCUCAAGAGGAGGUAAAAGCUGUCAUCCGUAAAUGCUUAGAACAAGCUGCAUUGACUAACUAUACCCGGCUAUCAGAAUAUGCAAAAAUCGAAGGGAAAAAGAGAGAAAUGUAUGAGCAUCCUGUCUUCUGCUUGGCCUCUCAAGUGAUGGAUUUAACCAUUCAGAAUCAAAAGGAUGCAGAAAAUGUAGGUCGGUUAAUCACGCCUGCCAAAAAACUAGAAGAUACAAUUCGCUUGGCGGAAUUGGUGAUUGAAGUUCUGCAGCAGAAUGAAGAACAUCACGCAGAGGCCUUUGCUUGGUGGUCAGACUUAAUGGUCGAGCACGCGGAGACCUUCCUCUCAUUGUUUGCAGUAGACAUGGAUGCUGCGCUGGAAGUCCAGCCGCCAGACACCUGGGACAGCUUUCCACUGUUUCAGCUUCUAAAUGACUCCCUUCGAAGUGACUAUAAUUUGUGCAAUGGAAAAUACCACAAACAUCUCCAAGAUCUCUUUGCUCCACUUGUGGUUAGAUAUGUCGAUCUCAUGGAGUCCUCUAUUGCCCAGUCAAUUCACAGGGGCUUUGAGCGGGAAUCAUGGGAGCCAGUAAAGAGCUUAACAAGUAAUCUGCCCAAUGUGAAUCUACCAAAUGUGAAUCUCCCUAAAGUUCCAAACCUACCAGUUAACAUCCCACUAGGCAUUCCUCAAAUGCCUGCCUUUUCUGCACCGUCAUGGAUGGCUGCUAUCUAUGAUGCUGACAAUGGAUCAGGAACAUCAGAAGAUCUGUUUUGGAAACUAGAUGCCUUACAGACCUUCAUCAGGGAUCUACACUGGCCUGAGGAAGAAUUUGGGAAACACUUAGAACAACGACUAAAACUUAUGGCUAGUGAUAUGAUUGAAUCCUGUGUAAAGAGAACCCGGAUUGCAUUUGAAGUAAAGCUACAGAAAACAAGCCGAUCAACAGAUUUCCGAGUCCCUCAGUCAAUAUGCACCAUGUUUAAUGUUAUGGUUGAUGCCAAAGCUCAAUCAACAAAACUUUGCAGUAUGGAAAUGGGCCAAGAGUUUGCUAAAGAGUGGCACCAGUACCAUUCAAAAAUAGAUGAACUAAUUGAAGAAACCGUCAAAGAAAUGAUCACACUCCUUGUAGCAAAGUUUGUCACCAUCCUGGAAGGUGUGCUGGCCAAGCUAUCAAGAUAUGAUGAAGGGACCUUGUUUUCUUCUUUCCUCUCAUUUACUGUGAAAGCAGCUUCCAAAUACGUGGAUGUGCCCAAACCAGGGAUGGACGUUGCUGAUGCCUACGUGACCUUCGUUCGCCAUUCUCAGGACAUUCUGCGUGAUAAGGUCAAUGAGGAGAUGUAUAUAGAAAGGUUAUUUGAUCAAUGGUACACCAGCUCCAUGAACAUCGUUUGCACUUGGCUAACAGACCGCAUGGACCUUCAGCUUCACAUCUAUCAACUAAAAACCCUUAUUAGAAUAGUAAAGAAAACAUACAGAGAUUUCCGAUUGCAAGGAGUUCUGGAUUCUACUUUGAAUAGUAAAACCUAUGACACAGUCCGAAACCGGCUGACUGUAGAAGAAGCCACAGCCUCAGUAAGUGAAGGUGGAGGACUGCAAGGGAUCACCAUGAAAGACAGCGAUGAAGAAGAUGAAGAGGAUGAUUAGAUCUCCAGAUUUAGAGUCCCCCAACCUGGAUGUAGCCUGGAAACCAGUGCAUGUAAUCUAGUCGGUUAUUCAAUUAGCCACAUUAGGAAAUUUUCUGUCUGCUCUAAACGCCCAUGGAAAAUCUACCAAUACAACUCCCAUUUUAGCUGUGUGGUUCUUAAGACUUAGCACCUCUGUUUCGAUUCAUUGAGUUUCCUGAUUUCAUAUCUCUAUGUUUAUAAGCAAUAUGGAGCACCAUUGUUUAAAACAGUUAAUUGAAAAUAAAUCUGCAUAGAAAACAUACUAGGUGUGUCCCUAUAAUAAUUAAAGUAUAAAGGAUGCUUCAUUAAUGUACGUAUAUACAUUGAUGGUAAAUUGUUGUGAAGACAAGUGAAACAAGUUCUUUCAUAUGUUUGUUUCUCUUUUAUGGAUGCCAACUGCUUUGAAACAGAGUAAGGCUACUACUACUACGAGACACCUAUUUUGUACAUUUGGGGGAGGAGGAACAUACACCAGAAGUUGGGAUUAUUCCUGUUUAUUGUACCCAAGCACUUUUCUUCCAAAGUAUACAGCUAACUUUGUAGAAGUGACUGACCAUUGGAAUUUUAGUCAUCCAUCUACAGAAUGGGCUGAUCUUGGGCUGAUCUUGAUCACGUUGUCCACCUUAUGAUUCUGAGCAGUUGCUUUAUGUCAGCGUCUUGCCCCCACUCAAUGUUACAUUUUGUUCAGAGUUCCAAUAACUGUGUUUGUAAAAAGGACAACUUUAAUUACAACCUUAGACUAUACAGAUGUGUUUAUAAUAAUGAGGACGCUAUAAUAACAAUAAUGAUAAACGAACGACGAUUUCUUUUCGUAGACUGUAUCCAUAAUUUAAAUCUCCUUUUGUUUUCAUAAUGGUUUUUAUAUCUUGUCAUGUACAUUGUAUUUGGAUCAGUAACGUGCAUGUCCUUGCGUUUCUCCCCCUUUCCAGGAGCUUUUAUUUUUUGUGUAAUAAAGUGGAUUCAUCUUGCUUUUUUGCCUUAUACAAGCCGACAGUUGUAAAAGUGUGGGGACUGUGGCUUUUCAAUAAAUAACUGUUCAGAUGUCCUACUCAUAAAACACUGGAGUCUUUUUAUGUUUGCCUUAGGAAGAAGAAGGAAAAAAAACAAACCACAAAAAGAUUAGUCAAUUUAACAAGAAUCCAUGUAAGAGCUCCUGUCUUCUAGAAUAAAGGAAUUUUCUUUUCA